AUGGCUCCCCAUUGUGACAAAAGCUCUCAAAGGAAAUCUUUACUCAACAAUUUGAAAGAUUUAGUAAAUCAAAUUGAUGGAGGUUGUUGUGGCCCAAGUAACUGUGAUCCGUGCAAACCUUGUGUCCCUUGUGUGAGUCCUGUAGGGCCCGUAAUUGAGAUUUACGAUCCGUUACCCAAACCGUGCUUACCAAUUUGUUCGCCAUAUAUAUCUCCCGGACCUUGUGGACCAUCUUGCGGACCAUGCGGACCUUGUGAGCCAUCUUGCGGACCCUGUGGACCUUGUCCACCAUGUCCAAAACCAGCUUGUGCACCAGGUACAUGUUGUCCUCCAAGUACUUGUUGUCCAGUAUCAUGUCCGCCAGGAGGAUGUCCUCCUACAAUGGUACCUCCGAUUUUACCUAUUUGUACUCCAGUACCUCCUGCAGCGAUCCCUCUUUGCACCCCAACUGAAGAGCAACCAUGUGUUCCUUGUAAUCCUCCCAAAAUGAUGGUAUGCUAUAGAAGAGGUAAAUACAAAAGAGGAUGUGGAAAAAGAGCGAGGUCUAGGGAACUCAGAGGUGGAGUAAUGUACAUGGGUUGCGAUUGUGAAAGAUCUAAUGGACUGCAGGAUAGCUGUAUGCGAUGGGAAUGCCAAGGGGCGCCACUAUGCGGUGGAAGAGGUCAUGCUCAUUGUGCUCCAAGUGUUUAUUCCACUGGUAAACACCUAAUGAAAAAAAAUGCCGAUGCCGAUUUGGAAGAAUAUCAAUGUUAUCCAGCAUACAUCAAGUUACCGUCAUGCGGACCUUGUCCUCCCUGCGGUCCUUGUGGACCAUGUCCUCCUCCCUGUGGAACUUGUCCACCUGCUCCUUGCGGGCCUUGUGCUCCAAAUCCUGUUUGUCCUCCACCUCACGUGCCUCUUGUAGCGAAACCUCCAUGUCCACCGGUGAUAAUACCAACUCCACCACCAUUAGUACCGGUUGCGAAAAUUGUACCUGUUGCCCCUCCGAUGCCUUGUCCUUUACCGUGUCCACCACCGAUUGCAUGCUGUCCGCCUCCAUGUCCUCCAUCUUGUCCAUGUCCUCCUGCACCUAUAUGCAGUCCCCCUUGUCCCCCUUGCUGUCCUCCCUGUUAUCCUUGCUGUCCCCCGUGUCCUUGUUAA